AUGGACCCUUCUCAAUUGAUUUCACAGGCUCAACCUGUAUCCUCCAACACCAACCAUGGGCCUGUUUCAGUCUGGCAACCCAAUAACAUGGACUCUUCUCAACUGAUUUCACAGGCUCGACCAGUGUCCUCUAACAGUAUCCAUAGCCCUGUUACAGCCUGGCAACCUAGCUGUAUAGACUCUUCUCAAUGCAUGACAUCAAAUUUGAGUCUAGAAUUGUCCAGCUCAGAGACAGAAUGUCAUCAAAGACCAACUUACACUGAAUUAACAACAGUUAGAAGGAGGCCAGGCGAGGUGGAGGCACGGCAUCCAACUCCAUUGUCCGAUGCAGGGCUGGACUUUUCUGAGCAAUCAAGACACCGCCUUCCUAAUACCCAUCAACUCAUCCCAACUAAUUGCACUGCGGUUGAAAGGCUUGUACUGGAGCAACUUGGGGAACUUCACCUCAAGGUGGACCAUUUAACUGCAACUGUACAGUCACUCUGUCAUAACAGGGCUCAAAAUCAACAACACCAAAGCAGUGACUAUGACCACUUACUUCCCAUUUCCACUUUGGAAGAGCUGAACCGCUUUGAUGAGAAACUUCGGCAAGAUAUUGAUUUUAAGAAACAUGUGGGCUUUGUUCCUACCCCCAACUGA